CUCGCUUCCAUCUCCUUCCAUUGCUGGACACACACACGCUAACUAGUCUGCACUCUGCAGCAGCAUCAGCAGCUUGUGUUGUUGGCACCACCGUCGUCACCAUGCCUGGGCUAACCAUCGGCGACACCAUCCCCGACCUGGAGCUCGACUCCACCCACGGCAAGAUCCGCAUCCACGACUUCCUCGCCGGCCCCGCCGACUACGUCGUCAUCUUCUCCCACCCCGGUGACUUCACCCCGGUCUGCACGACGGAGCUGGCGGCGAUGGCCGGCUACGCCAAGGAGUUCGAGAAGAGAGGGGUGAAGCUGCUCGGCAUCUCCUGCGACGACGUGCAGUCGCACAAGGACUGGAUCAAAGACAUCGAGGCCUACAAGCCUGGGAACCGCGUGACUUACCCGAUCAUGGCCGACCCGAACCGUGAAGCCAUCAAGAAGCUCAACAUGGUCGACCCGGACGAGAAGGAUUCCAGCGGUCACCUCCCAUCUCGCGCCCUCCACAUCGUCGGGCCUGACAAGAAGGUGAAGCUGAGCUUCCUGUACCCGGCGUGCGCCGGGCGGAACAUGGAGGAGGUGCUGCGGGCGGUGGACGCGGUGCAGACGGCGGCGAAGCACGCGGUGGCGACGCCGGCGAACUGGAAGCCCGGGGAGUGCGUCGUCAUCCCGCCGGGCGUCUCCGACGAGGAGGCGAGGAGCAAGUUCCCCCAGGGCUUCGACACCGCCGACCUGCCCUCCGGCAAGGGCUACCUCCGCUUCACCAAGGUCGACUAGCUAGCUAGGCCAAAGGAGCGCAGCUGCUGUGCUGCUAAUGCGUCCGUCGCUCUGUGCUCCCUGUGUAGUUGAGUGUGUCGGUGAUGUCACUGAAGUUUAGGACAGUACGUGCUGCGGUCUGAACCUUUCAGACUCUUGUCUGUAUGGUACUCUCGUAUGAAUACAGUGUGUUGGUUGGCAGGUACUGCAUAAUACCAGUAUGUUGUGUGCAA